CGCGCACGCGUCCUGGCGGUUGCCGGGCAACGCGGUCCCGCGGCCCCGCGGUCAUGGAGGCGUCCUCGGAGUCCGAGUCUGAGGCCGGGCAUGGGACCCAGCGGCCCGGGACGGGGACCGUGAGCGCGGCCGUGCACGAGCACCUGCGGAAGCUGUGUCUGCGCGAGUUCCCGUGCGGCGCCGGCAGCUGGAAUAAAUCGCGAUUUCUUCCUCAAACUUGGCGAACAUGGAGAGAGCUGGUCCCCAGAGAGGAGGACGUGGUGAGCCCCGGGGAGGAGACGGUGGAGGCCCUACUGGGCCUGGUCCGCAGCCCCCACUCCCCCUGGGCUCUGCUGAAUGACUCCAACGCGGAAGACAGUUUCCUGAGAGAACUGGCCAUCCGGAACCCAAUGACGAUCAGAGACACCUUCUUCUACUCCUACUUCCGGUCCCUGCGGGUGGUGGACAAGGAGGUGACCCUGGUGGAUAAAGACCUCCUGAAAUUUCUGAAGCUGGAGGAAUUGGUACUGAGUGCCAAUCGAAUCAAGGAGGUGGAAGCUGCCAAUCUGCCCCCCACACUUAAGGUGCUGGAGCUCUACGGCAAUGAGAUCAGCAGCAUGGAGUGUCUGUGCGCCCACCCACCCACCGGCCUGCAGCACUUGGGGUUAGGCCACAACAAACUUCAAGGCCCCUCGGAAAGUCUCCACAUCACCGCUGACCACUGGCCCAACCUUGUCUCCCUGGACCUGGGCUUCAACGACCUGAUGGACCUGCAGAGCAUGCUUGCCAGGCUGAGGACCCUCCGGCACCUGCGGCUGCUGGUGCUACAGGGAAACCCGCUGGCCCUGGUGCCCUACUACCGCGGCCUCACCGUCGACAGCCUGGCCAAGCUCUGUGUGCUGGACGACAUCACCGUGUCUCCCAACGAGAAGCAUCUGUUCCGGGGGCUCAGCCUCAAUGGCGAUCUCUUGGCACAGGAAGCGCAGUUGGUGGUGACCAUUGGAAAUGUCAGGGGAGUUCCGGACACCUCUCUCUUGGACCCGGAACCAGGGCCCGAAGGCCCUUUCAUCACUUACACCUAUUACGUGACCUACGAUUUUGUGAAAGACGAAGAAGGUGAAGCGAAUGAGUACACGGACCUGCUGGCCGAGAUCGUCAAGCCCUCUCCCAGCUUAGAACUAUUAGUUGAGGAAUCUCCUGAAGAGGUCAUUGAAAACGUCAUGGAAGAUGUUGUUGAAGAGGUCACUGAGGAGGUGGAAGGGUCUCUGGAGUCUGAGGUGGAAGAAUGGGGAGAGUCGGAGUUGUCCGUCGUCUCAGUCCCUUCAACCGUCUUGCCGACACCGAGGGCCUCUGCAGAAGAGCUGGCCAAGUUGCGGCCACGUAUAGAUCCCCGGCUCUGCCCAUCGCCAGGGACCGUCCUCUUCAACACCACCCACAAGCCCUGGGCUGAGGUCAUACAGUGCAACUAUGAGGUGCAGCACGUGCUCAGGGACCUGGUGCCACUGAAGGCCUUCCUGCUGGCAGGGACCACCGUGACUGUUGUGGAGGAGAAGAUUCUCUCCUGGCCAGUGGUGCUGCCUGCUGUGGACAGUCCCCUGUCUGCCAAGAAAGGAAAAGGAGAGAAAGACAAGAAAGAGAAGGAGAAAGACAGGAAGGGGAAAGGAGAGAAAGAGCCGGCCAAGCAGGCACCAAAGAAGAAGAAAGAGCCACUCAAGGAGCUCCGGCAGGACCCCCCCAUCCUGCAGGUGCUGGGCCGAGGCCUGGUGGUUCUGGAGCCCCUACUGGUGGGGGAGCCCCUGGUGUCCUCCGUGUGCAACUUCGGCGUGAUCCGCACCUUGGCAUCCGACAGGCUGGCAUUUGCCAGGGAUUCAAAGAAGAUUAAGAAAACUGCCAAAAAAGAAAAGCCAAAAGCCGUGAUUCCCAUCUACGAAGGCGAUUACCAUCCCGAGCCCCUGACGGUGGAGGUGCAGAUCCAGCUGAACCAGUGCCGCUCGGCGGAGGAGGCGCUGCACACGUUCGCCGUGUAGGGCGCGGGCAGUAAAGGCUGUUCCCAGCACUCCCGCCUCCGCGUCGGUCUUGCCGCGGGCGUCGGAGGGCGGGUGUGGCGCCGGCGAUCUAGGGAGGAGGAGCCUCUGCCCCACUAGGCUCGUGCGGAUCCUAGGACUGGGUAGGGGACGGGACACGUGCGUCCAGCCGUGGGCGUGGCAGAGACUGGCUGCCCGGAGCCCGCCCUCACCAAAAGCCCCGCCCCAAACCCCCGCCUCCCCAAAAGCCCCGCCCCAAACCCCCGCCUCCCCACAAGCCCCGCCCCAAAGAGUCCCCACUCGAGCUCCGCGCACCUGGGCACUAUCUGCCCUGGCUCCGCUGCGCUAGCUCCUCGCCUCUGCCCCGGCGUCACGCUCAGGUAUGUGCCUGAAGAGGCUAGGGCUGAGCCCCACGCAUCAUGCUGGCUUCAAGACGUUUGGAAUCCGGCGGCCCCUGGAUCCCUUAGACCCCUGCUUGUAUAGGGGGCUCCUGCUGGUGCACCGCCUGAGCCCCCUCGAGAUGUGGACCAUGUGGGCACUGGUGACAGAUGAGGGGCUCAAGUGUGCAGCUGCCCCCAUACCCCAGCACUGAGGGGUGGGUUGGGCAACAGCUCCAGAGUGCACUGUUGAUUUUCUAUCAUGAUGAGAAAUUAAUCCCUGCUGGUCUACAGGAAAUGCCGACUUGAGUUUUUGUAACCCCCCCACCUUGUUAGCUCUAAUUAAAAACACUGCAACCUG